AUGUACAAGAUUUUGGCAUUGAACUGUUUGAUUUCCGCCUACUCUUUGUCUGUGUUGUACUUGGCUGGUAUCAAGUUUGGUGAUGGCCAAUCUACCAUUUCUGGAAUCUUGUUGUCUGUGUGUUUCUUGAGUAUUUCUCGUGGUAAGCCACUUCAGAAAUUGAGCAAGGAAAGACCACAAGAUGGAAUCUUCAACACCUAUAUUAUGGGAUCCAUCUUGGGUCAGUUUGCCAUCCAUAUUGUUACUUUGAUCUACAUCACACGCGAAAUCUACAUUUUGGAGCCCAGAGAAGCCCAGGUUGAUUUGGAAAAGAAAUUUGAGCCUUCGUUAUUGAACACAGGUAUGUUUUUGCUUCAGUUGGCGCAACAGGUGUCGACUUUCGCUGUGAAUUAUAUUGGCUUGCCUUUCAAAGAGGGAAUCAGAGACAACAAGGGUAUGUACUAUGGACUUUUUGGUGUUGCUGGGUUGGCAAUCAUGGGAUCCACCGAGUUUAUGCCUGAAGUGAACCAGGCCAUGCAAUUUGUUCCGAUGGACAUUAUCUUCAAAUGCAAGUUGACCGGCUGUAUUGUGCUUGACUUGGUCGGCACCUGGGCCGUGGAAGUAUUUUUCAAGUACUUCUUCAUGAACUCUGCAGCAGCUGAUAUUGCCAUCAGAGACUAA